AUGGUUACCAGUAAGCAUGUCAAAGAUGGAGUUAAAAAAGGAGCUUGGUCUUCUGAAGAAGAUGAACUUCUUACUCUGUGUGUUAAACUCCACGGACAAAGCAAAUGGAGAAGCCUUGCUCAAAAAGCAGGUUUGAAUAGAAGUGGGAAAAGUUGCAGGCUUCGAUGGCUGAACUAUUUGAGGCCUGGUAUAAAGAAAGGUGCCUUCUCUCCUGAUGAAGAUGAACUCAUUAUCAAACUUCAUCGUCUUCUCGGUAACAGGUGGGCGUUAAUAGCAAGAAGACUUCCAGGGAGGACUGAUAAUGGAAUCAAGAAUUAUUGGAACACAAUUCUGUUCAAGAAGCUUAAGGUUCAGGGUUUUCAGGCUGAAGACAAGAAGGGUCUUCAGCAGAUUCCAGGGCAAUGCUCAAGUCCCUCAAUGCAAACUGAUCAUGAUGAAGAUCAAGAUGAUAAAUCCUUGAUAUCUUCGAUCGAUGUCUUCGAUACUGACAAGUUUAUUGAUUCUUUGGAAAAGAGUGUUGAUGGAGAAGAUGAUCACAAAGGCUAUGGGGUCCUGCUUAAAAAUGAGGGCAAACUGGACGGUCUAUAACAUUUGGAGCUCAAGAAGAUAGCUUCUUUAUUGGAUUUUGAAAAGGAAUCGAGAGAGUUACCGUAGGGAACAAUCACAAUAAAUUGAAUCCGCAUAAUAAUGCUUCUGGCAUUGUUUGUUUUCUAGGAAAAUGUGAAUUCAAAAUCCAGGUUGUUAUUUUUAAUUAA